GUAGAAUAUCUCAAAGCUAGAUCGUUCGAACAUCUGGACGUGUAUUCGAUCGGGAAGAAGCGCGACAUCACUUGGGGCCUAUUGCGGGUCUUCAAGUGGCAGUUCUUGACCAUGGGUGUGCUUUUGACGGUUGCAGGGCUCUCCAAUUUCGUUGCACCCUUGGCCGUCAAUCGGGUUCUCGCAUAUAUUGAGGAUCCCGCCACCACCGAACAUACGAUGAAGCCCUGGUUCUGGGCGCUGCUGCUAUUUGUCGGACCUGUAACUUACGCGACGGCCUUCCAAGGAAACGUUUUCGUGUCUACCCACGUCCUGUCUCAAGCAAAGUCCAUUCUGACAGAGCUCGUUUUCGAGCAUGCACUUCGGAUUCGUGUCAAGGCUGAAGCUCAGUCUGAGGGCACGGACGGUUCGCCCCAAAAGGGCCAGUCCAAUCUGGUUGGGAAGAUCAACACCCUGGUUGCGGCUGAUCUCAACAACAUCAAUGAAGCGAGGAAUAUCAUGUUCAUUCUUGUGCUGGUCCCCAUCCAAGUUGUAGGCUCUGUGAUGUUUUUGUACCAGAUCUUGGGCUGGAGUACUUUCGUCGGGAUGUUGAUUAUGGGAAUUCUGUUUCCCCUGCCCGGGUAUAUCGCCAAGCUCCUUGCUGAUGUGCG